AUGUCCCGCACGCUGGUGCAGCCGGUGGGGCAGAAGCGGCUGACCAACGUGGCCGUGGUGCGGCUGCGCAAGGGCGGCCAGCGGUUCGAGAUCGCCUGCUUCCCCAACAAGGUGGUCAACUGGCGCGACCGCGUCGAGAAGGACCUCGACGAGGUGCUCCAGUCCCACAACGUCUACUCCAACGUCUCCAAGGGCGUCCUCGCCAAGUCCAAGGACCUCAUCAGGAUCUUCGCCACCGACGACCUCGUCGAAAUCUGCCUCGAGAUUUUGGAGAAAGGGGAGCUCCAGGUUUCUGGCAAGGAGAGGGAGGCGCAGCUGUCUUCCCAGUUCAGGGACAUCGCCACCAUCGUCAUGGAGAAGACUAUCAGUACUGAGACCCGGCGCCCCUACACCAUGAACAUGAUCGAGAGCAUCAUGCACGAGAUACACUUUGCCGUCGAUCCAAAUCUUACCUCCAAGGAGCAGGCACUGAAAGUUAUUAAGAAGCUAAUUGAGAACCCUAAAUACCGUAUAAAGCGUGCACCAUUGACAGUGCGAUUCAUUGCACCUAAGUCCAAUCUUUCUGGCCUUAUGGAGAAGCUUGAUGGGUGGAAUGCAAUUGUUCUUUCAAAGGAUGAAUCUGCCGAUCAGUCUUCCAUUGUAUGUGAGAUUGAACCAUCUGUUCUGCACUCGUGUGAAGAGAAACUGAAGGACGUGCAAGGGAGGGUGGAAGUACUCUCGGUGUCGGCACACAAAGAAAGUGGCUCUUCUACAGAUCAAUAUGACAAUGUCGAGGACAAUGUGGAGAAGGCACAGCCCGUGCCUGCGAAGGAGUCUGGUGCUGUUGCUCAGCUAAGUGAGACCAUGCAGAAACAGAGCCUUUCGAGUGAAGUGGAAAGCCAGGGCCAGGCACCAGGCAAGCCGCAGAAAAGAUGCAAAGAAUGUGACAUAUUCAUGGAGGACAAGCUGUACAGAGACCACUGCAAGUCCGGGUGGCACAAGCACAACUACACACGCCACAAGAAUGGGCUUCCUCCGCUCAGCCAGGAGGAGUGCUUAAUGGAAAUGGAGAUGGCAGAUUCCCAGAGGGGUCUGAAGGACUACGAUUUCUGA